AUGAAAACAAAACUGCUGGAGGACAAGCUGAAUAUCCGGCGCUGCAUUCGCCGUCUCAUAGAUGAUGAGCUGCAGGAAGCUGAAAAACUUUCACUCGACGAUCGGGUAAGCAGAAGCUCAUCAUUUUUGGAAAAAGUGGCCCUCGAAGAGCUGGGCGAGCUGCGCAAGCAGUUGAUGGCCGAAUUGGCGACCUUCCGGAUGUUCCGGAAUGUGAUUCAAGCUGUCGAGUUUCCGGAAAGGGGCCCUGGACGGACCCAAUCGUUAGCCGAUACAGAAAGGUCUACGCAAAAUUCCGGCGAGGACAGCGAACGUGUGUUUAGCCGUUUGGAGAGUUUGGUGGAAGCAUUGGAGGCUCGAAGACGUUUACGAAGCCGUAUUGAUGAAGUGCAUGAGAAAAAAGACGCCGCGACGAGCCCUGUACAACCCGAUGGUGUAUCAACUGGCCGUCUAUCCGAAUAUCGACACGCGUUUGACGAAGAAUUCUCGAGCUCAGAUCCGAGCUCCGAUCCGUCGAUCGGGCAAAUCCGACUUGAGCCGCUGGAUCUCGGG